AUGGAGGAUGAGAGCCAUGGAAAUGGAACCGACGGAGGAAGCCCAGAAAGCCCUUGUUUAAAGAAUGGUAACAACAAUAAAGAGCAAGAUCGCUUCCUCCCUAUAGCAAAUGUUGGAAGAAUCAUGAAAAAAGUUAUUCCAGCCAACGGAAAAAUCUCAAAGGAUGCAAAAGAGACCGUCCAAGAAUGUGUCUCCGAGUUCAUUAGCUUUGUUACUGGUGAAGCAUCUGAUAAAUGCCAGAGAGAAAAGAGGAAGACGAUCAACGGCGACGAUGUCAUAUGGGCUAUCACAACCCUAGGGUUCGAGGAUUACGUGAGCCCUCUCAAAACCUACCUCCAAAAGUAUAGAGAGCUUGAAGGAGAGAAGCUUAACAUUCCUAAACAGCAACGACAACAACAACAAGAACAAGGCGUAGCGUAUAAUAAUAGUGUAUAUUCUUCCACAACUCUCAUGUCUCAGCCGCCAUUCGUGGCAGCUGAUCAGCCAUAUUCCUUGCCUUUCUCUCCAAAUUCAAUUCAAAAACAAUUACAGCCACAAGAUCAGAUUGAUUCAGUGGGACAUUGGUAA